AUGACUUCUGCGCAGCUGGAGCAGCAAUUCCAAGCACGUAUCGCCCAGGCAAAGGAAGCGGCGCGGUUGGCUUCUGUCGCCGUAGCCGCACGCGCUCAUAACAGGUCAAAUGCACCACCAUUCGCUUCGAUACCUGCAGUUCCUGACGCUCCGUUCCGCCCGCCACCAAUUCCUCAAGCUUCGAGCAGGUUUGCAGUAGACCCAGAGCCUCUUGCAAUUGAGAACGCCCCUCCAGAUGUCAAAAAGCGCAUCGACAGACUCGUGGAGUUUGUGGCGCGCAAUGGCGACGCCUUCGAAGCCACAGCCAAGGAGCGGGAACGGGACAAUCCGAACUUCGCUUUCCUGAAGCCUGGCGGGCCUUAUUCGGACUACUACCAAGCAAGAAAACAGCAGGUGUGCCGGUCCCAACCGCCUCAAGCAAACCUACUCGACAUGUCUGUUGGUGCAAUGGCCAACGUCUGCAACUUUGCACGGACGAGUGGAGUGCAAGCGUACGAACCGAUUCCUCGGGAAGUUAUUUUGCACGUGGGGAGUUUGCCACCGGUGGAGCCGGCGCGACUUGAAAGUCGGCUUUCGGGGUUUUAUCGCGACGAAGGGCGGGUUAGACCAAGAGAGAGUUGA